AUGAGGAGUGCGCUGGUGCUGACCCGACUUCGAACCUGGUGCUCCUUGCGAAGUGUACGGUCAGCUGAGCUCUUGAAUCACAGCCGUCGACGGUUGCUCCGAAGCAGGCGAGCUCGGCUGAGAGCCGUGAAUACGGUGACGAGCACCACGCUAAAGCACGGCGACGCUUCGGUGGAGCGAGGCUGUGUGAUCGUCAAUGCAGCGGAUGCGGGGCCGUCGACGGCAGCAAGGCUCAGUGGCAACGAAGGUCUGCGGAAGAUCUUCGGCGAGACUAUUUGGUACAGCAGACGGCGACUCGGCCAAUCUCGAAUACGUGUGACGGUCGCGCGCUUUUCAGACGACAUAACAGCGACUUAA